AUGCGGCAACGCUUUGUUCAUGCCGUGCUACCUUGCUCGGCCUUCCUCAGCGCCCACCACGACAACGUGCGCAGCGCUUACAGCCAGCUCAUCAAUUACCUGUCCGAGAACCAUGCCCAAGUGCGCUACGUGGCCUUGACCAUUGUCAACUAUCUCUUUCAGCGUUCAGCUCUAUUUCGGCAACUCCUUGUGGCUGACUUUCAGGCCGACUUCCAGGCAGUGGUGGAUGAGAUUCAGCGUGAACGCGCCCGGCAGGCUGCCAACGCCCAGCGCACGGCCGAAGAGCAAGCUCAAGCACAACAAGAGCUCCGCAACAACGUGACAGAGGUGCUCUCCAACUUUGCCACGACCACCACCAUGAUUCGCAACUCAAUUGCAGCGCUUACAGCUGAGCCAGCGUCCAAUCGGACAGCCGAUCCCUUUGCCGACCUGGUGCCAGCUGAGCCUUCUUCGAAAGACACUGCAGCUUCUGGAUCGGACGACGAAGAAACGCCAGAUAACGAGGCCUCUGCAGCCGAUGCCGCACACGAUAGGCAGGAGCUCAUGCAACUGCUCGGGACUAGCAACCCCAAUCGCACGUUGACUAUUUCGCUUGAUGAUCGGCUUCAAGUUCAAGAGACACCAGACAACCGGGUACUGAUCGAUGAGUUGAACAACUUGAUGCACGUCGCCGGCGAACGGUACCUCCCUCAAGUCCGCACUUGGCUCAAUCAUAGCCACGCGCACGACUUUAGUCAGGCGGAGCUCAAGAAGUUGAUGGACGCGCGCGAGGAAUACACGCGCACUGCAACCCUCUACAACCAGAUCCACAUUCUGCCGAUGAAAGAACGUCCAUCAAGUGUCAAUGAGGAUGACGAUGUUGAGUUUGAGGAUGCUGUCUUUGUCGAUCCCGCCGCAGCUCAGGCGAAUCCGUCAGCGCCGACAGAGCGGUCGCCCGGUGCUGCAGCAGCGCCUCCUGCCAAGCGUGCCCGCGUAGCGAUGACCAAAGCUCAUGAGGGUAACAAAGCACCAGCACUGGCUCCUAGCAACGGUCCGGUAUCACCAAGCCCCGCUCCACCUACCGUGGCUGAGGCGCCUGCACCGACCGGACCCUCGCCCAUGUCUCAGCUACGCCAGGCGUGGCAGAAAGCGAAGAAGGCGUCUGGUCAGCGCGAUAAAACACGACCACGCGUGGCUGUGCGUCAACCUGGUGCACUGCUGGCGCCUUCUCGAAGCGGACCCAGGUCAACGACUAGCCCUGCCAGUGCUAAAACGGCCCACAGCAGCUCGGCACCGAGCUCCGGGCCCAGGACUGCCACCUCAAGCUCGGGGGUUGCAGCAUCGACGCCCAGUCGUCGAGUCAUGACGCGGCCCGGGAAGCGCCGCAGUACGAGUGCCGUUGGUACACCGCUGCCAUCUGAAGCGGGUGACUCGGCCAAACGCCCAGUCUUCAAUCCCAAUGGUAUGCUUGUGGCAUUAUGGGAGGGCAUGGUUUGCCAUAGGCUGCGUGAGGGUAUUCAAUUAGAAGCAUGUGGUGCCCCAACGGGUCGUCUCAAAGAUGACGGGAGUCCACGUCUUUGCACGCUUCGAGUCAAGUUUAGCUGCCCCGUGCAUGGCCCGAAGGUAGCCCGCGAUCCAGUCACGGGUGUCCCGCUGGAAGGUGAUAUCUUGGUGCAAGUGUUUUUCAAGAUGACCGGCAGCCCGUUCACAUGCAUUUUCUGUUACUAG